GAAAAAGUACAGUUCUUUCACCCUCAAACCUUCGUUUUAUAUCAUUGUAUACUAUCAAAAGAAUUUUAAUUUAAAUAUUUGUACUUAAUUGAAUUUAUAUAUAUUAAAAAACAAGCAAUAUAUGUUAAGGGAGUGAAUUGCUCAAUUUAAUUAGAGUUAAUUCACUCGUAGGAAUAAUAUUUAUUGGUGUAAAUCGUUCUACAACUUCAUGUUUCACAAUGAGUGAUUAUUCAGCGGUCGCUCCGCCUCAAAACUUUAGCCAAAGCUCCGCUUUUGCGGCAGCUUUGCAACGAGCAAAGCAGAUAGCAGCAAAAAUAAAUCCUGCUAGUGCUCAAAAUAAUCAAGAGUCGAAGUUAAAGCGUCCUCUUGAAGAUAGUACAGAACCAGAAGCUAAAAAAAUGGCAGCAUUAGUAGCAGAUCCACUAAUAGGACUUCGUGGUGGACCUACAAGUAAUAGUUCUAUUGGGGAAGGAUCCAAUCCAGCUGCAGCUAGAGUAGGAUCACAAUCAUCUUCAUCCACUCCGAUAGGUGGUAUGGGAGGUAUUUGCAAUGAAGAUAUCAGAGUUCCAGAUAAAAUGGUCGGUCUGAUAAUUGGCAGAGGUGGAGAACAAAUAACAAGAUUACAAAGCGAGACAGGAUGUAAGAUACAAAUGGCUCCAGAAGGUGGAUUAGCUGAACGAGUUUGCACGCUAACGGGUUCAAGAGAAGCUGUCAAUCGAGCGAAAGAAUUGGUCCUCUCGAUUGUUAAUCAAAGAAGUCGAACGGAAGGAAUCGGAGAUAUUAGUAUGACUGGAAGUAGCGGAGGAAUAAUAGGACAUCCAGGUUUCGUGGAAAUUAUGAUACCAGGUCCAAAGGUUGGAUUGAUUAUUGGAAAAGGAGGAGAAACUAUUAAGCAACUUCAAGAAAAAUCUGGAGCUAAGAUGGUCGUUAUUCAAGAAGGUCCUUCGCAGGAACAAGAGAAACCAUUAAGGAUAACUGGAGAUCCUCAAAAAGUAGAAUACGCUAAGCAAUUAGUAUACGAACUUAUAGCAGAAAAAGAAAUGCAAAUGUUUCAUAGAGGUGCAAGAGGAGGAAGUGAGAGAGGAGGGAGUUAUUCUAAUGAUAGUAAUUUUAAUCAUGGCUCUACUAGUAGUGAUGGAGUGGAGGUACUAGUUCCAAGAGCUGCGGUAGGUGUUGUCAUUGGUAAAGGUGGAGACAUGAUUAAAAAGAUCCAAGCCGAAACUGGAGCAAGAGUUCAAUUUCAACAAGGAAGAGAGGAUGGCCCUGGGGACCGAAAAUGUUUGUUAUCCGGAAAACACCAAGCUGUGGAACAGGCUCGUCAACGUAUUCAAGAACUUAUUGAUAGUGUAAUGAGAAGAGAUGAUGGUAGGAAUAAUAUGGGUGCCAGAAGUGGGCCCAGAGGAAAUGGAUUUGGUACCGGUAGAAAUCCAAAUGAAUAUGGAACUUGGGAUAGGCGCCAAGGCGGUCCUAUGCAAGAUAAGAUAGAAACCACUUUCACUGUACCUUCCUCAAAGUGUGGUAUUAUUAUUGGAAAAGGUGGUGAAACUAUCAAGCAAAUAAAUCAACAAACAGGAGCACAUUGUGAAUUAGACAGGCGGAAUCAAAGUAAUGAAAGUGAAAAGAUUUUCAUUAUUCGUGGCAAUCCUGAACAAGUAGAACACGCUAAAAGAAUAUUUAGUGAAAAGUUAGGAAUGGGGCCAGCUGGUACUUCUUUCACAGGUGCACAAGGAGCUAUUGGUUACAAUCCUAGCUGGAAUGCUGGAACAGGAUAUCAAGCCUGGCCUAGUCAACCUCAAUCUAGUGAUGCAGGUAAUGCUAGUCAAGCACCUGUUCAAGUUAAUCCACAAACAGGUCAGCCUGAUUAUAGUGCGCAAUGGGCAGAAUACUAUCGAUCUCUUGGUAUGCAUAGAGAAGCUGAUAUGAUAGAACAACAAGCGAAACAAGGAAAACAAGAACAUAGUCAACAAGCAGGAAGUGCACAAAAUCAAUCAAAUCCAACAACAGCGGCAGCUUCUACACCAGGUCAACAGCAGCAGCAACAGGCACAACAACAGCAAACUGGUGCUUCUCAAAAUGGAGGUCAAGCUGAUUAUAGUGCUCAAUGGGCUGAAUAUUAUAGAAGUAUCGGUAAAAUAAAAGAAGCUGAAGCAAUUGAAGCACAAAUGAAAGCAGGCAAGUUAGGAAUACAAGGAAAUCAAAUGACGCAACCACAAAUGCAACCAGCUAUGCAGAAUCAAUCAACUGGACCACCUGGUAGUACACCAAACACAUUUCCACAAGCUUAUGGUAGUUAUCCAGGAAUGAAUGCUGGCUCAGCUCCGACUGGUUAUUAUGCAGCAGGUGCUGGGUCCACAAGUCAACAACCUCAGUCGGGACAACAAAAUCCAACUUUUCCUGCUAAUUAUCAAAACUAUCCUUACUCGCAGUCCAGCUCUGAUAACUAAGCUUCCAGAGGAUAAUAUAAGCUAUUUUUGGGAGCUGAACAGGCAAUGUUAGAGAGAUGCGCGCUUUGCUCACUGCAGAAUAAACUACUACCAGCAUACAGGGGGAUGUGAUGAUGAUCCAUGACUUUAAACAAAUAUAUCUCUUGUCCAGCAUUAUCUUAUAUGUUGACAUUUAAUGAAAACAGGACCUGCUAAACAAUUGGAGAUUAGUGGAUGAAAUAUAUAUGUAUACACAUACAAGUAUAAAUGAUAAACCAAUAUCUUCUUCAAA